CGGGUGACGCAGGGCGGGCCGCGCCGCGCUCCGUGCGCCUCUGGGGCCUGAGGCGGCCGUUGUUCACGUUCCCUUCAGGGCGCCCGUAGGCCGCGGCCCGCGCCGGGGGGGGGGGCCCCCCCAUGUGAGAGGCGGCCGUCGAGGGGGGCGGCUGGGCGCACCGCGACCCGCCAGUGCCACGGGAGAAAAUGACAUCGCGGAGAUGGUUUCAUCCAAAUAUUACUGGGGUGGAGGCAGAAAACCUGCUGUUAACAAGAGGAGUGGAUGGCAGUUUUUUGGCACGGCCUAGCAAAAGUAACCCAGGAGACUUUACGCUCUCUGUUAGACGGACUGGAGCUGUCACCCACAUCAAGAUCCAGAACACAGGAGACUACUAUGACCUCUAUGGAGGAGAGAAGUUUGCUACAUUGGCUGAGUUAGUCCAGUAUUAUAUGGAACAUCAUGGACAGCUCAAGGAAAAGAAUGGAGAUGUUAUAGAGUUGAAAUAUCCACUGAACUGUGCUGAUCCUACAUCUGAAAGGUGGUUUCAUGGGCAUCUCUCCGGAAGAGAAGCUGAAAAACUGUUAACAGAAAAAGGAAAACAUGGAAGCUUUCUUGUGCGUGAGAGUCAGAGCCACCCUGGGGACUUUGUUCUUUCUGUCCGGACAGGAGAUGAUAAAGGAGAGAGUAACGAUGGGAAAUCUAAAGUGACACAUGUCAUGAUUCACUGCCAGGAUCUAAAAUAUGAUGUUGGUGGAGGGGAGAAAUUUGACUCUCUGACAGAUCUAGUGGAACAUUACAAGAAGAACCCUAUGGUAGAAACUUUGGGCACAGUAUUGCAACUCAAGCAGCCUCUGAAUACUACCCGUAUUAAUGCUGCAGAGAUUGAAAGCAGAGUGCGAGAGCUAAGCAAGCUAGCAGAGACUACAGAUAAAGUCAAGCAGGGCUUCUGGGAAGAAUUUGAGACUUUACAGCAGCAAGAAUGCAAACUCCUCUAUAGCCGUAAAGAAGGCCAGCGUCAAGAAAACAAAAACAAAAAUAGAUACAAAAACAUUUUACCCUUUGAUCAUACCAGAGUUGUUCUACAUGAUGGUGAUCCAAAUGAACCUGUUUCAGACUAUAUCAAUGCUAAUAUUAUUAUGCCUGAGUUUGAAACCAAGUGCAACAACUCAAAGCCAAAAAAAAGCUACAUCGCUACUCAAGGUUGCCUACAGAAUACAGUGAAUGAUUUUUGGAGGAUGGUGUUCCAGGAGAAUUCUCGAGUUAUUGUUAUGACAACAAAAGAAGUUGAAAGAGGAAAGAGUAAGUGUGUCAAGUACUGGCCUGAUGAAUAUUCCCUAAAGGAGUAUGGUGUUAUGCGUGUUAGGAAUGUCAAGGAGAGUGCAGCACACGAUUACACACUAAGAGAACUUAAGCUUUCUAAAGUUGGGCAAGGGAACACAGAGAGAACAGUCUGGCAAUAUCACUUCAGAACUUGGCCUGAUCAUGGAGUCCCAAGUGACCCUGGUGGCGUACUAGACUUUCUAGAGGAGGUGCACCAUAAGCAGGAGAGCAUUUCUGAUGCGGGACCAGUUGUGGUCCACUGCAGUGCUGGGAUUGGGCGAACAGGAACUUUCAUUGUGAUUGAUAUUCUUAUUGACAUAAUCAGAGAAAAAGGUGUGGACUGUGAUAUUGAUGUUCCAAAGACCAUUCAGAUGGUGAGGUCACAACGGUCAGGAAUGGUUCAGACAGAAGCACAGUACAGAUUUAUUUACAUGGCAGUACAGCACUACAUUGAAACGCUACAGCGCAGAAUUGAAGAGGAGCAGAAGAGUAAGAGAAAAGGUCACGAAUACACAAACAUUAAAUAUUCUUUAUCGGACCAGACAAGUGGGGAUCAGAGCCCUCUUCCACCCUGUACCCCAACCCCAACAUGUCCAGAAAUGAGAGAAGAUAGUGCUAGAGUAUAUGAAAAUGUGGGGCUGAUGCAACAGCAGAAAAGUUUCAGAUGAGAAGAUGUACAGAGACUUCCAUGCAAAGGCAGAAAUGAAUAUGGUUUUUAAGAAGGUCAAGAAAGAGAUGGAAGAAGCUUCACAUGAAUGGUGAACCCUGAGGGCUUGGUACCUUUUUAUUUACGGUUUUAAUCCUUCAACAGUAGGCAAAACUUAAGACCAUCUAAAGAUUGUUUAUAUCUCUUCUCUCCAAUACCUGAUUUACAAUUGCUCAUUUUCCAAAUAAAAGGAAAUCCUUUCUACAGUGUAGACAACUACUUUGUAGAGUCAGUUUUGAAUCCCGCAAACUGUUGGACUGUCAUCCAUUUGUUUUUUAAAUAGUAUUUUUGUUUCACAGUAUGCCUAUUAGUUGGGGUUUUUUCCUUAUUUGAGCAGUUGUGGAAUUUUGGGGGGGUGGGGGGCGGGGGGUGGUGGGAGAGCAAUGAUGUGGAUAAAUCCGUUACGCUAAUGUAAAAUACUGAUGGGAACAAUACUUGAUUGUUUGAAAACAGUGGAUCACCAGCAUGAAUGGAAUCAGCUACAUGAUAAAAUUAGUCCUGAUACAUUUCAAACUCAGACUGAGUUUCAUAGGGGUGAGCAGUUAUUGAUAUGAAGGUGCUUUUUGUGAUAACUGAUGGCUUUGAUUACGACUUAGCUGAGUGGCUGGAUAGGCUAUUUUUGAGUGAUUAUGCAAGGUAGCCUUUACUUCAAACAAGAUUUCUUUUACAUGAUCUCUACCCAAAAUAGAAAUUUACUGUAUCUCUCAAUAGGCACUGUGGCCUAGCUGUUUGUGAGGACACUGUCUGUGUUAAUUUGUCUGUGUUCGUCUAUUAAGCAAGAGAUUGAACUUGUAGAGUUAAGGUAUUUUAAAAAGUUGCAUGAUGACACCUUGACAGCAUAUUAAAAGCAGUGAAACAAGUAACCCACUGUGCAGGCUGUUACCUUAGUAUAAGGUAACCCUCUUCCCCUUCUGUUGGGGAGGUGGAAGCUGUUGAGCCUUCUCGUUUUUUAGUAAGGCCUUAUGCUAGUGUAAGUAGCUAAAUUAAAGUUGUGUGGGGAAAGCAGCGCGUGGAAGCUAGCUAUCCACUAAAAUUGCCUUAGUUGAAGAGGGCGGCACGGGCAGCAAGGCCAGCAGGCUUGUUCUGGUUCGUUUCAUCAGGCAGGAGUUUAUUACCAUUCUACCUGAAGUGCCUUUCAGAGCUGCAUUGAAUUUGCUGUCCCUAUUCUAUUAAAAAAAUUACAUCCACCUGAAACCACUUCUGAUUGUUGUGAAUGAGACAAAGUCCUCUUCUAGAGACUCUAGAACGAAGAACUGCUGUUAAGCUGCCAGUUAAUUGGGUUUCUUCACUUUGUUUGCUCUGUCCAAUUAUCUGGACCAGAUGCUCCCCUUGAAGCCGUUAGCAGCUGCUUGUGUGCAUUAAUGGCAGAAUCGGUCCCUAGGAGUGGGUACCUGUGGUGUCUUAGCAAUGUCUUUCCCCGUGUUUCUGGGGAAGUUCUGUGACUUAAGUGGUGUUAAGGAAUUAUUGCCAUUUUCAUACAGCAGGUGCAGAUGGUGAACGCUGCAUUAAAUUGCUGUAUGCAAGGGUGCAGGGCCAAUGGAAUUGUGUUAUUGGCCUUACUAGUGAAAUUAUGCUAAAGCCUGGAAUGUAAUUAAUGCAGCUUUGUGAAAGGUUAAGUGGGAGAUUACAUUACCUUUUCCUGAGAGUGCUUUGCAAAAUCAAAUAUUUGAACACUUUGUACUGAAUGAAGGUGCUGCUUUAAUGUUAAGCAGACUUUUGUUACUUUGCCUAUUGUCCUUUUUGUCUUUUGAGGCUUUGGGUUUUUUUGGGAACUCCUGUCACCAGCAUACCAUAAUACAUGUUUUAAUGUCAUAGCCUUACACUCUAGUCAUAAAUACUUGUGCCCUUUCUAGACCUAAAAUUUCUAGUCAUGAUGAGAGAGAAAUCUAUUUGUUUGGUAGCAAGAUACCUAUUCUGCAUCGCCUGCUUCCUCUCCUGUCCCUAUUUACAGCUUCAUCCUGCUGAACAGGGAUCAGUUAUAAGUGUUGGUAUUUGUAUAGAGCAAUUGAUGGCAAUUAAAUAUUUGUCUAAAACUUUGCACAAAGUUAGACAAAUUCUACACUUCAUAUGUUAUAGCAAGGUGGAAUGCGUGUUCAGGUUUGGAGCUAUUCUGCACCAAACUGAAAAGUCAGGGGAAAAGUCAAGAGAAAUGAGAGAAGGAUCCUGAAUGAAUCUGAACUCUGUUAUGAACUCAGUUAAUGUGAUGUGUCUUAAAAGAUUGACCUGUAUAAGCAGCAAUCAGUUACAUGGCCAACAUGAAGUUGCCUCUUAUGACCUCAUUUUAGCUGUUUAGAACAUGCCGCUGUAGGAUUUUUUUUUUUUUUUUUUCCCUUCGGAACCAGGGAAUUCUUACUGCAGAAUGUGUAUUAAUCCUGGGGAGCAUAUGGUGGUGGAAUGUCAAUGAGGGGGGAACAGAAUCUGAAAGAUUGUGAAUAAAUACUCCUCCCUUAACAGAAGUGCUAGGCCCUGCUGAAUACCAAAGGGGAGACCUUGCAAAAUAAAAUCUGUCUGCCUUUCAAGCACCGGCAAGAGAGGGAUGAUUCUUAAAGCAUUUUUUAAAUUAUUUUAAACAAUGGCUGGGGUUUAUGACAGAUGAAGCAAGAAAGAGAAAUGUCCUUUGGUUCAGGGGAGAUAAGUGAAUGUGGGUUUCAUGUAUUUCUAGUGAGUUUUUAGAGAAUAAAUUUAAAGCAUUGGUUUACAAGCUUUUGCUAUAUCUGUGGAAUGGAAAAGGGAUGUAGUUCUGAAGUGUUCUGUUGUAGAAGACUUUAUACCACAAGGGAAACUUUAACCCAACUCCUAAGGCACAAUAAUUUAUGCCAGCAUGAAUUUGCUGCAGACUUCAUUUACUGAAUGUUUUAUAGCAUACACUUUAGUUUCAGCUAACUGUUGUUAGGACUGAUUGGUUCUAUUAAUCCUGACCAAACUUUACUUUUUCCUCUUAAGGUUUGUGUUUGAAACAUGAUUAACUAGGAUACGGCUAACGAAAUUAUAAAACCUGUUUCCUUUUUUUGUUGUAGGGAUGAGAAAAAUCACAGCUGGUACUAGGAUGUGUUGUCAGGUUUUGAUUUUCUACCCAUAACUUCAUUAUUUCAAAUUAAUUUUUAAUUUCUCCCUUUUAAAUAGUGAAACGUAAUUAAUAAUUUCAAGCCUGUUUAUUUAUGACAUUAUUGUGAUUUUUUUUUUUUUAUUACAGUACUAAAGACUAAUGAAAAAGCAUCCUCUUAUUAGGUGGAGUAGACCUUGCAUUUAUUUUUUUCCUGCAAUGUAUGAAGUAUUGUACGAGAGUAUUAAAUGAAAUGUAAUAUUUUAUUGAAAAAUUUCUAUCCUUUAAAAGGAAUACAUUUAGGAUGUCAUCAAUUUGAUGUGAAUCAUGUAAAUGUUGAUAAUGCGCUGUUUAUUAUACAUCUAGUGUUUCAAAAGACUCACUUAUUGCCUUUUGCCCACAUACAUUCUGUAGACCAUUUACAAUUGUCAAAAUGUGACAUUAAAAUAAUAGUUCAUGUAUAGAAA